UGACAAUUCAAGCGAAGAACUUUAAGUCUCUAAGGUUUUGAUCAGUGCUUUUUAGGCAUCAGCGGCACCGUCGUCAGGGGAGAUAGACCUCUCGGAGUUACUGACGUACCCAAUAAACGAGGAACGUCAAAUAACCACGUUAAAAGAUUUUGUGCAGAACGAGCGGGUGGAUCACGACGACUCCGGCGAACUCGAAGGCAUGUCGUCAUGCGACGUUUUGGAGUGCUCCGCCUACGACUGUCCGCAGUUGGUCAGAAACGACUUUGCGGACUUGUUUCCGGAAGUGGACGUUAGGAAUCAGCCGCUGACUGUUCUAACGUUGACCCAGAAGACCGAACGUGACAUGGCGUGUUGGUCCGUCGACAUGGAAGAGGAAAGGGAGAAACUUAUGCAAACGUUCAUUGUGAUCGCGUCAGACAUAUGUGACUUAUUGGCGAGUCAAGGAUACUGGGCUGAAUUUAUUGAUCCUAAUUCCGGGCGUCCGGUAAGCGAACUAUUUUUUAAAAAUUCUGUGUGAUC